AUGUCCGGGAGCUCGAAAGCACACGCCAUGGCUGCGUCGAAUGGUAAAGCCGAGCAAGAUGAGGAGAGUGAUGCGGAGCUUCGCAUCAAGCACCUGCGUGAGGACGAAGACCUCGUAAUUGACGGAGAAACGGCUGUGGAUGACAUGCUGGUGGCCCAAAGGGUCGCCCAGCAGGAAGUCUUCGCGGAGCAGGUCCUGCUGGAUGAUGCAGGCACUGCAAAAGAAGCCCGUCGCAAGGCGCCUUCAGCUGAAGACGUCCAGAAGCUCCUGCGGCUUUUGAAAGAGACCAACAAGCUCACGUCCAAGAUCGGCGAGCUGCCGAGUCACUUCGAUGCCGUCGUCUCGGCCGAGGUGCGGGAGGCAUGCCGCGCGGCUUCCGAGGCCGUCACCAAGUUGCCGCUUCCGGAGUCUGAUCGUCAGACGGAGCCGCCGCAGUGCGCUGUGGGCGACGAGGACUGGGGCCCUGGCCAAGAGAAGUCUUCGGAGGCUCUAGCAGCCGUUGAUCUCCAGAGCACAGACGAGGAGAGUGCUGCAGCACCAAGUGCUCCGGCGGUUCCGGCUGAGGAAGCACCCCAGGUUGGCGAGGUUGCCGAGGCCGAGCAAGAAGUGCAAGAUCCAGGGGACGAAGACGACGACGACAUGAACAACAAGUGCGCAGCGCAUCCGGCGCCGGCCACAAAGACUGGCGAGGGCACCGAAGCCGUGGAGGAGCAGACCUUCACCCGCACUGCGCCAGAAGAUGAGGAGGGAGCUCCGGUGAUCAAUGUAUCACAUCUCCCCACGAAGCUUGAGGAAAACGCGUCGAAGGAAGCGAUCGGCAAGGUGCGGUCUAUCGUGGACGAGCUGGUCGUCGUUCAGGGCGAUGAAGAUGGCAAGGCUUUGGACCUGGGCUCCGUUGUGUGCCUGGCAGACGGGCGGAUCCUCGGAGCGGUGGUGGACGUCUUCGGACCAAUCUCUGUGCCGCAUUAUCUCGUCUUGCCGGCCGACUCCUGCAAGAAGGACAUGCCUGCUGUUGGCGAUGCUGUGCUGGCCGCCACGGGCAUGGAGGAGACCUCGUUCCUUUGUGACAGCGCCGAUCUCUCAGCGCUGCGGAAGCAGCUGGGGGAUGAAGGCAGCGAUGACGACAGCGAACUUGUAGAUGGCGAGGAGACGGAGAGUGAAGAGCCGGAGUACAGCUCCCUGGGUGCAGCUGCAUUGGAAGCUGCGGUCCGGGGGAGUGUCGGUGGGGUGUGGAAGGAUCCGGAGAAGCAGCGCGAGGUCGAAGCGGACGCACCUUCCUGGAAAAGAAGCCGGGAACGGUGGAAUGAUUGGACAGAUUGGAGGGAAGGUGGUGAAGGAGGUGGCUCGGCUCCGUCUAAGCCAGCGUCACGCCGGUACGAGAGGCAACCGGCCUCGCGGCAAGAUGAAGGUCAGUGGCGAGACACCGCUUGGACCAGUGGGCAGUGGAAGAAAGAAUCGCGCGAGGGUGACUGGUCCGACGAUUGGUCCAACGGCCGGUCCAAGGAUCGGACCAAAGACUGGUCCGGGCAUUGGAACGACCGCUCCAGCGACUGGCCCAACCACGAACGGGAGAGGUCUCAACGGCGCGCGCCGCGCCGCGAGGGAGGCGAGAGCUUUCCCCCGCCACCACCCGUCCCAGGGCGGCCUGUCGCGACACUGCCUGCACCGCCCCCCCCACCCCCGCCGCCGCCACCUGCGCCACCUUCAUGGGAGGAUGGACGGGACGAUCCAGGACGGGGCAGAUAUGCCCAGGGUGACCGCGACUGGCGACCUGCAGAGAAGCCGCGGCCUUCGAAGAAUCCUCGGCUGAGUGAGUGA